GCGUCUAUUUUGUAUCAUUGUUAGCAGCAGACGACCGGGUGGUGGCGGUUGGGUGAUUUCCCGCCUUUGCAGUGUUGUAUAGGGUGAAAAACGACUCUAAUAUAGUUAUUCGAUAAGUCAAGACAUUUUUCUCUGGUAUCUGUAUUAGCUUUAUUGAUUUCGCCCAGUGCUGCUACAACAGUUGACGAUUUUGAUCCAUUCGUAGGGUCGCAAUCACAAUGGGUCUGCUCUCACUGCUGAGGAAGCUGCGGCCCGCCCAGGAGCGCGAGGUCCGUCUGCUGCUGCUCGGGCUCGAUAACGCUGGAAAGACCACGCUGCUGAAGGCGCUGGCCUCGGAGGACAUCACCCAGAUCACUCCGACGCAGGGCUUCAACAUCAAGUCGGUGCUGUCGGACGGCUUCAAGCUGAACGUAUGGGACAUCGGCGGCCAGCGCAAGAUCCGACCCUACUGGCGAAACUAUUUCGAUAACACUGAUGUCCUGAUAUACGUGAUCGACAGCGCCGACCGUAAGCGGUUCGACGAGACGGGCCAGGAGCUGGCGGAGCUGCUCGCCGAGGACAAGCUGGUCGGCGUGCCGGUGCUGAUAUUCGCCAACAAGCAGGACCUGUUCAACUCGGCGCCGGCCUCGGAGAUCGCCGAGUCGCUCGGUCUGCACGUGAUCAGGGACCGCGAGUGGCAGAUCCAGGGCUGCUCGGCCGCCACCAAUGAGGGCGUCAAGGAGGGCAUGGAGUGGGUGUGCAAGAGCAUAAAGCAGAAGUAGCGGGACGGUUGCCGCCUCGGCUCCGUCACGAAUCGUCUCCGUCCACCGUCCGCCUUCGCCCCUCAGCCGUCUCCGCCUCUCAGCCGUCUCCGCCCCCAGUCGUCUCCGUCACUGCGGUCUCCGCCUCUCAGCCGUCUCUCUCCGUCACUGCCGUCUCCGCUGGUUGUAUCCGUUGGCACUGACUUUGCUCCUUCCAUCGUCUACAGUCCGCUCUGAUGCCGCUAUUUCCCAUCCCUGCCGACCGCUCGGCGGCUUAAUUUCCUUCGCCUCCGCGACCAACCUGCUGCGGUUUCUCUUCAUGGAUUCCAACCAUCGCUGAGUCUCGGCUAUCAUGUCCUCGAAGGCUACCCAUCACCAGCCUGUCUAGUGUCCAGGGUCUCUACGGCGAUUUGAGGCCUCCGUCCAGCUCCUCCAGCCUCCGUGAAGCACCCGCUCCGCUCCGUGUGACCGUGCCUCGUCGUGCGAUGCUGGUUGGAAGUGGUUAUCGUAAGAUGUCAGCCGUUCUCCAGUGAAUGUACGCACUGCGCUGCCCUGUGCACUUCGGUUGGUGUUUCCAUGUUUCACAGCUUGCACUGUUUUGGAACAUCACUGGAAUAUGGACCUGUCUGUGGUGGUUGUGUUCGUUUGGGGUGCCACUGCACAUACGCUAGUCACAUCAUGUACUCCUCCGGAGAAAAAUGAACGAAGCUGAUUGCAGGACGGCCAUAGUUUCAGCUCGCGAGACGCUGUGUACCCAUCAUGAGUUUUUAUCAUGAGUUUCGAUGCGGCUGCUUUUGUAAUAUCAGCUACAUAACAAGAUUGCAUGCCCGAGCUGUGUGUUUUAUUUCACUGUUUCGCGUUGUUCGUGAUUUGUUCCACAUUGUUCUAGCUUCCAACUCUUGUGUAUUUAUGAUAUAUUUCGCUCGAAACCAGCUGUACUAACCGGGUCAUGUAGCUGAUGUCACCAGUCAUCCGGUCUAUCACAGGCCCGCCGCCCUUAUCGACACGUGCCUUCGCCGUCUCCCCCGAUGUCUCCAUGUUGGAGUUGUAGUCUGUGUGUGCCGGUCUGCACUCCGUGUGGUAUUUAAAUGCGUGUCUGCGGUGGGUGGCUGCUCUACGUUAUAGAGGUGGGGUGGAAAAGCGGGUGGUGUUACAGCUGGUUCCUGUGCUGGUUUGGUAAUGUCGUGAUCUCACGAAGCAGAAAGGUGAUCGCCCGGUGGUCUGCAGAAAGUAAUCCGUCCAGAAAUGACUGCCUUUUCGUCAGGCGUGCUCACGUAAGGAAUUCCGUCCAUGUCGGCUGAACAGUAUAUCCAUCUUGCUGUGUUUCCAUUCCAUGCCUAGUCAAACGUCGUGAUGAACGGAAACUGGUGUCUGCUUCGAUUGUAAGCAUCAUACUUUGUUGUGAUAUUCGGUGUACAUUUGCUGCUUUCAGUUGAUGAAGUGAUAAACAGUCGAUCUCACUAAUUUUUCGUUCACUUCGCGGUAUCCUAUGCUGCUUUUGAUCUCAAUUUUAAUCCAAGCAUUUUAUUUCCGUCCUUGCUCCCGUGUACGUGUGUUUUGUCGAUGUUAACCGUCUCAGUGAGCACCGUGCCGCCUGCAAGUUGCAUGUUACCCGUCCGCCCGAGCUAGCCAGGAAGGGUAGUGGAUUCGGCGCCACCGGCUCGAUUCCUCGGUCGGCUCCCCAGUCGCAUUCCCUCGCUCUCCCAAUAUGUGUCAGUGUUGCAAAUUGUCGACUCUGAAAUGUCAAUACACCGAGCCGACGCAA